AUGACAGCAAAGGGUGUGCGGUGGACAGGUCGAGGCGACAGGCCCGGUUCGUCGCGAGCCAUUGCAUCGCCGCCACCGAUCUACAUCGGAACGCUCGCGCUCAACACAACCGAUGAGUGGAGCAGGGUCAAGGUGGAGCGAAUUGACAACGAUCAUGUGAUGAUGAUUGCAGGUGGAAAUGUACUUGCGGUGCGGGAGGACGACCUGCUUGCGCACAAGAUCUUCGCGCUCCCUCCCGGCGUCACCUCGCCUGUUGGCUACUACUUUGACACCGGGUACCUGAUCCUUACGCCCGCGCCGAACAAGGUGGUGUACUACACCUGCGCUUUGCCGUUCUCGUACUCUGGCCAGAUGUGCAGUUUGGUCCCGUAUCGGACGCUUGCGCUUACCAACGUUUCCAUCACCACUGAUUGGGUGGACAUGGCGUACGGCGAGUCGAACGAGACGUACGUGCGGUACGGAUACCUGCUUGCCGCUGAUGGGACAGUGGUUGAGAUCAAGAACAUCGACGAGCCGGACAAUGCUGGAGUGACCAAGACCUUUACGCUCGCCAGUCUUGUACCGAGCGUUGUGGCCAAGUACCCACACGUGCUGUCGGUGGUGGGCAUGGCCGACUUUGACAACAUAGCCCGCGAGUACGUCUGGUUCACCCUCACCGGCUCAGACCCGACGACCCAUUUGCAUCUCAGGCCGCCAGGCGUGGUGCUUGCCUUUGCCAUCUCCACAGGCUCGAUCGUCAGCACUGCGUUCUCGCUCCCGACCCCCAUGGGUAUUGUCCACUACGCCGAGUCACUGGCGCUGACUCACUACGGCGGGGCGAUCACCACCGAGCUCAUUGCGUACGGCUCGUCGGCAGCAUCGCAGAGCAUUACCGCGUCGUGGGCAGCGUCUGGUCGGACAGCGUCGGCCUGCGCCAUCAACGCUGGUACCUUUACCAACGACAACAUGAUAUUUGUCGUCUCGGAGCACGGAUCAGGCCUCGAGCUUGUCCACAUCGACGCCAACACCGCGGGGUAUCGCGGCGGCUCGCGCGGAGGACGGAGGAACGGAGGUGGCGCUCCGACUGCAGCAUCUUUUCCUACUGCAAGCUUUAUUGGUGCCCUUGAUGCGCCGGCCGAUCGACCGUUUGUGGCUAUUGAUGGAUCGCUGAUGGAAGGCGGCGGGCAGAUUCUCCGCAACUCGUUUGCAUGCGCCACCCUGCUGGGCAAGCCCAUUCACGUCUCCUCCAUCCGGGCAGGGCGAUCGGUGCCUGGUCUUCGUGCGCAGCAUCUGGUCGGCAUCAAUCUAGUGGCAAAGAUGUGCGGUGCAGAGCUGGCGGGCAACGGGCUCAAGUCUGUCGAGGUCAAGUUCCUGCCGCCGGCCGCCGGCGUGGGCCGCGUGGCCAGCGGCUCUUACGACGGCAACAUCCCCUCGGCGGGAUCGACGACUCUACUGGCGCAAGUCUCGCUCCCGGUCCUGCUCUUUGCACCUGGGCCAACAACGCUGAACAUGACCGGUGGGACCAACGCGUCGCACGCGCCGCAGAUCGACUACACGCUCCAGGUCCUCUUUCCCACCCUCGCCCGCAUGGGCAUCGACGAUCUCGACCUCACCAUCGCCCGUCGCGGCUUCUACCCCAAGGGCUGUGGCAAAGUUGUGCUCGAGGUCAGCCCCGUUGAGGCCAUCCGUCCCAUCGUGGCCCUCGACCGCGGCAUCGUCACCUCGGUCGAUGUCUUUGCCUUUACCGCCGGCCGCGUCCCGGCCUCGGUCGGCCCACGCAUGGCCGACGCGGCGGGCAAGAUGCUCGCCUGGUGGUUCGGCUCGGCAGGCGUCGGUGUGGCCGAGGGUGACGCGGACGUUGUACUCAACGUCGAGACGCCGCACAUCGAUGAGCCGCUCGCCUUUGGCAACGGCACCGGCAUCCUCCUCGUCGCCCACACCUCGACCGGCGAGCGGCUCGCCGGCUCGGCGCUGGGCGCCAAGGGCACUCCGGCUGAGGACGUCGGCCGCCAGGCCGCCCAGAUGCUGAUCACCCAGCUCGAGGCUGGCGGCUGCACCGACGAGUACCUCACCGACCAGCUCAUCAUCUACAUGGCACUGGCCGACGGCGAGUCACGCAUCCGCUGCGGCCCGCUCUCGCUCCAUACCCAGACCGCCAUCCACUUUGUCUCACUCCUCACUGGCGCCACUUUUGACGUUACUCCCGACACAGACCCGUCCAUCGCCGGCCACUCGACCAACGUCAUCACCUGCCAGGGCAUCGGCUUCCGCGCCCCUCCUUUGUAA